CUUGACCGUCCGUCCUCACGGCCCCGCAGUCAAAGAGCGGCUGCUGCUUCUGCUUCCACUUUACACGCGACGAAACGGAGCUCCCUCCCUGCAGCAACAUAGUCGCGAAGGGCCUGGCGUCUCGUGGAGGUAGGACCCCCAACCUGGAGCCUCUCCCUGGGGCUGGCCCUGUGCACCUGCCGCCCAGAUGUCGACCAGGCCUGGGUUUCCGCUGUGGGGCUCAGGAUCACGCGAGGGAUUCACGGAUGAGCAGGUAUCCUGCACCCUAACCUCCUCCCGGCCCUUCCAGGGGGCCCGUCUACACCAGAGGCCCCUCAGCUCCCUGACAUGAGCCUCCGGCAAAGACCCUCCUCAUCCCUCUGCUGGCGAGCAGCGUCUCUCCCCGGGCACCUGCCCGCUCCGGGGCCUCCCCCUGGGCAAGGCUCCUGCGGCCCCCGCCCCUGUCCCUACCCCCACCUGAGUGGUGCGAGCCCCUCCUCCCUCUCCCUCGUCAUCGGGAUGCACACUACCCCCCAGGGCACAUUCUCUGCGUGGACCCCUCAGGUCUCCGUCCCACCCUCCCGCCCCAGCUAGAACGUACGUGCCAGGAGGGCGAAAUGCUGUUUGGGGCACGACUUUAUGCCGACAGCCCGGGGUUCGUGCACACAGUAGACACUCAAUAAAUCUUGAGCGGAAGGAGAUUAAUCAGCACAGCACUUCACCAAAACACAAGUGGCCUCCAUGAGGGAGAGGGAACUAGAAUUUAGUUCCACUGCCCAGCUAAUAAUGGUGGCUGGGCUGAGGACGUCGGCCAGGGCAGAGACUGGAGGUUGGGGGCGAGGGGCCAGGAAGUCUGAGGUCUCCUCCCCUAUCCACCACCCCCCGCUCACUACUAAUGUGACCAGGUGUCCGCCCCAGAGUCAGGAAGGAGAGCCGGCCAGAGGUGACAAUAGGGCUCCUGUGCGACGGGGAGGGCAGGGACUCAGGCAAAUGAGCGGGGCGCGCAGAUAUAGAGGCGCGUGGGCGGUCUGCACUCUGCUUCCACGGGGUGCUGGCCACGAUGGAGGGCGGCCUGAAGCAGCCCGGCCAGGGGAAGGGCCCCAAAGAGGUGGGGGACAGCCAGGCCCUGGCCAAGCUGCAGGAGCUGGCCUGGACGUGGUUCAUGGAGACACAGGCGCCCCUCAUUCUGCACGACGGAGCCCUGCCCCCCUGGUUUCACGGAUUCGUCACCCGCAAGCAGACGGAGAAGCUGCUUGGGGACAAAGCUCUGGGCUCCUUCCUCAUCCGCCUCAGCGACCGGGCCACCGGCUACAUCUUGUCCUACAGGGGCAGUGACCGCUGUCGGCACUUUGUCAUCAACCAGCUCCCCGACCGGCGCUACCUCGUCUCGGGGGACACGUGCAGCCACGGCACGCUGGCCGAGCUUGUGCGCCAUUACCAGGAGGUCCAGUUUGAGCCUUUUGGGGAGACCCUGUCUGCUGCCUGCCCCCGGCCGGAGGACAGCGAUCUGUACGAUGCCAUCACCCCUGGCCUGGAAAAUCCGCCUGCCACGGCGUCCGCCCCGGGGGGCCCAGUCGAGGCUGCCAGCCCCUGCCCCUGUCCAAAGCCACCCGUGUCCUUCCUCCACACAAAGAAGAACCUGGACAUGAGUUCCUGCAGCUUCUCUGAGGACGAAUGCAUGGCGGUCCCUGUCAGGGUGCCUCCCCUCCCUGAGAGGAGUGCCCUCCUUCUGGACGAGUCUUUCGGAAGCCCCAGCGACAUCAUCUACUCAGACCUGAGGAAGAUGAACCAGGCACGGCCAGGCCUGGGCGCGGAGGUGUCCAGCAGGCACGGCCUGGGCCCAGUUGGCAGCCUGGCUUGCUCCCCAGGCAAGGGGCCCCCGAGGAGAUGCUCGGAUGGAGGCCGGGACAGGCCUGACGGCCCAGGGCCCGCCCUCUCUGGGGUGAGCCCAGACCGGGGUCCUGUGGUGCCUCCCACUUCCCGGGGCUACCUCCCGGCCCCCCCUUCUGAGGCCCUAGGACCCUCUGCUGCCACCUGGAGCCAGGCGUCCCCAAAGCUGAGCCACAGGGCUCAGCCCUGCUCCCAGGACAGCCCGGCAGACGCCUACGAGCUCCUACAGACGGCAGGUCCCCCACCAGAGCCCGGCGACGUGCCAGACCAAGAAGGCGGCACCUGGGCACCGGCCCCAGUUUGCUGGGGCAGCUCGGCUGGGCCCCCGUGUCCUGGAACAGGCGCCCCGUCCAGCAAGCUGCCAGGAUCCACAGUCUACGGUUACGAGAGGCUCUCGGGGGCCCCGGGGCUCCCCGAGCCCAGAAACACCUAUGAACAAAUCCCGGCAGCCAGGAGCAAGGAGACCGGACAGACACACAAGCCCGACAAACACCGGAGGAUCUUCUUCACAGACAAGAAGCACAGAGCCUGAGGAGUGCCUGCCGGAGGGCCUGCCGGGGGGCCCGCGGCCCACCCCCGCCUCCCCAGUGCCCCCCGCUGGCCCCAAGAGGGGUGGAGGCCCGGGAGGUGGGGGACUGACCACAGGUAGGGUCAGCACCCCCAUCCCCAAGGUGAGCACCCUGAGGCCUGGGCUCGCUGACCGGCCCGCCCCUCCCCCCACCCCGCUGACCGUCACCGAGCACGCGGCCAGCCCUGCGCUGGGGCGGCCGUUCUGUCGGGCUGGGCAAGGCCACGCGGUUGUUCCUCAGACCCAGGCCGGUUCCCUCCUGUGGCCCCGUCAGCAGAAAGGGGCGGCCGGCCGGCCGGAGCCACGCCGGGGAAGUCCUGGCCUGAGGCAACAGUUCUGACCCUGGAGGGCCGGGCUCCCGGGGGCAGCCCCCCUUGGCCCUUCUCUGCCCCCCGCCCAUCCCAGCCGGAUCAUGCAGGCCGGGCAGCCCUGACCCAAGCCCUUCCUGGCGCGGACAGGAAAUCCCAGGCCCGGAGGGGAGCGGGAAGCUGCCUGACAUGACGCCGACAGCCUGCACACACACACCCGUAAAGCAGGCCGGGCCCGGCUGGCUGCGGGGCUCAGCCCGGGUGCACGCCUGGGCCACCCUCACCUGCCCUCUGCCUCCGGCCGGUCUUGGCCUCUCCGGCUAGUUCUCAGACCUCUCCCCUGAGACCCAGACCCGACGGGCGGCCCGACCGGGCGAUCGGCUCUGGACGCAGGCGCUCCUGUCUCCUGCUCUCCCUGGGUCCCCACCCAUAGGGUCCCUCUUGCCCACGCGUCCCCCUCGUGUAAGACUGAGCAGGCGGCGGAGGCAGAAAGCCGACUGACCCUCCCCAGAGGGAGUGCUGUGGCCCCCGCCCGUGUCCCCGAGCUGGCUCAGGCCACGCCUGUGGACUGUGGUGGCCUGUGCCGCUGAGAGGCCCCCUCCAGGGGCCUUAUAGGACAAGGGUACAGCCAGCAGCCCCAUUCAGACACAUGGUUAGCAAACGCUCCAUAAAUUGUCACUGGAACGACCACGGUCAUGAGGGAAAUGGACACGGUUGUCACCUUGGGGAUCUGGGGCACCAAUGUGUUUUCCUCCCAAAGGCACAAAGGUUGAAAUAAAAGUUCCUGCCCAAA